GAUCUGCGCAUGAUAAAUUGUCUAAAAAACAUUUAUCACUUGUUUUCCCUCACAGUCUUGUCGUUCUCACGAUGCCAUUCAGUCGGACAUGCAAAGCAUUCGUAAAGUGUCCUGGUGCGCGUGUUUAUUAUAGUUCAAAUAAGGUGGAUUUAUAUCUCUUCCCUGUUGGCCUAUCUUUCCGGUUAAAGCAGAGCUUUUCAAAACAGAAAAUAUUGCAGGUACAAGUGAUUUCGUAGCGUUAUUGUAAGGUUUUCAAAUCCGUGGAGGACGGAGAACUGGUGAAAAUUCUACAAAAACGCAUCAACGUGGACGAGACUGCAGCGCGCGACAUUUUUGUAAUGUGCUCUCUUUCCUCAAUGGAAUAUCAAAAACACUAGACCAAGCCCUAUCAUAUUUAUUUGUUCUCUUUUUAAUGCUAUUUACCAGUAAUAUAAGAGUAGUUAAGGCUCUUUGAAUUAUAGCUUAUGCUAAAAAACAUAUUGUACUUUGGUGGCGGCCGCAGUGCUGUACUUUGCAUAAGCAUACAUCCAAACCUAAUCCAACUUAAUCGUGUCGUUGCGUAAACGACGAGUUUCCGUGACCGAGUCUUGCCGUGAUCCGUGCCAUAUUGUAAAACGAAACUAUGGCUCUAUCGCGAUAUUUUUAUUCCAUCUACAAUUACUGUGCAUACUUUAAGAGAUUUGUGGGAACUCCUUUCAUGUUCACACGCAAUCUUCUCCUUAUUUUUCUUCCCAUUAUCUUCAACUAAAUGUUGAUACAGAUCUAUAAUAUCUAAAGAUAUUCAUUGCUCUAGUUACAUUAUCAUUCUUCUCUGGAUUCCAUUAAUUUGCCUAACCAUCCACCAAAUCAUUUACUCAUCCAGUCUGUCAUUAUCAAUUUUUUUAAAUGCGAGCAAAAAAUCGAAAUAAUAUGGAAUUAUCCACAAGUGCGUACUCGUUGACGGAAAUGCGUUUUCCGUCUCAAAUCAGAACAUAUUUUAAGUCCAUUAGGCUGACGGCUAAUCGAAUUUCCACGAUUCGUGAUAUAUUUUGUUCGCGUUUUCGUUUUCAAACUGUUCAAGCUCUGGUUAUUCUGUAAAACAAUUCAAACAAUUAAUAAUAAAAGCUAGACAAUUUACUUCAAAUUAUCGUAUAGGGGUGUUUUUUGCCGAAUAAGCGCUUUUACUCGACCAAAGUGAAGGGUGAAACCAGGCUAUACAGCUUCCUUUUUUGUGUAAAUAGACAUAGAGAACUGAUAUUGCAGGUGUACUUUAGAAUCAAACUGAUAUAUUGCGGCCAUGCCACGCUAUUUGUUUUCGUUCUUGUAGUAACUUAUACUGGGCGCUCUUUGGCAGUAGGCAACUGUGCCAAACGACUUUUACGACACGACAGGGACCCACACCACAACCUUGAUCGUUUGUUUCCGGCAGGGUCGCGCUAGUCAGCAAAAACAACACACACACACACCAAAAAAAAAAAAAAAAGGCACACACAAAACGUUGCAAAAAUAAAAAAUAAAAAAAUAAAUAAAAAAAUCGUUUCCGCAGUGAGAGUUUUAACAUUUUUGAUUCGUAAUUUCCUUAUAUCCUUUUUUUUACUGUAAACAGCGGAAAAUAGCUAUGUAUUAUUCAUCAAUCAUCACGCAAUUGUGUAUUUUUAAUUAUAACUCCGCGUACUAAUCCAGUCUGCGUCAGCGAUGGGAUUUUAUUAAUAGACGGACUACCUAUUUACCUAUGUUUUUAUCUCCUUACUUAUCUCUCUACUUCCCUAUCUCUAGUAUACAACAAGAGUUAGAAAUCUACUGACAAUAUUGAAACUGACAGUUUCUCGUAAAUAGUACGUGCUUUUUCCUGCUUCCACUUUUGUUCGAUCUUGCCAACAGCACUUUUUAUUAUCUGUAGCUUCCUGUCAGUUCUUUAACAUCUGAUAAUGAAGCAGUAAAAUAGGGGAUUUGGGCAUAAAGAUUCAAGAGUUACCAUAAUGCCAGAUUUCUCCAUUAAUGGAGGUAAAAUGGUUUGUUUGUUCAGACAACCAAUUAUUUUUUGGUUAUACGAAUAACACAGUGUUACCUAGUAUUUAAUAAUUUCAUCAAUUUAGAAAUGAAGCAAUACCAAUUUCCAUUUUAGACGUUAACUGUGAAAUCUAUUCUAUCACGUUUAACAAUUUUAGCUCAAUGUGGUGCUGCUUUACGGCUAUUUUUAUCAAUGAUCUGUCAAACUAUAACUCAUGAUGAAAAUUGAAAGGCGGAACUUUUUCAAAUGCUCUCGGUGAUUGGCCAAUUACAUGACUGACAGGUAGAUUGAACAUCUAAUAACUUUAUGUCUCGAUGCGUUUCUUCAGUUCAAAGCUGCACUGCCAAACGGAGGAGUUGAAGACAGCAAAAAGCACUGAUACUACUUAAACUUCAUAAUCCGGCGUAAAAAACAAAACUGGUCAGCCGUUUUCAUGAUUGGGUUUCUGAAUUCAAGAUGAGUUAUUACAAUAACAGCUCAAAUAUCACAGCAAUUACUCCACCUGCGUGUUCAGCGAAAGAAUAUGAUGCCUCGCAAGUUAAAGCUUUGAAGACCAUUCUUUACAGUAUCGUGAUGGUAGUCGCAUGCUUGGGCAAUUUAUUCAUCAUCAGUGUUGUAUACAGAAAUAAGAAGAUGAGAAAAACURCCAACAUUUUCAUUGCCAAUAUGGCCACCUCAGACAUGUUUAUAGCAGUUGUCACCAUACCAAGACUAAUUACCGAACUUUAUAUCGGGGAAUUUCGCUGGUUAAUCCAUGGAACACUAGGACUCAUUACAUGCAAGCUUGCCCAUGUUUUUGGGGAUCUCUCUUUCUGUAUUUCGAUCUUAAGUCAUACUGUCAUCGCUAUUGAUCGCUACUAUGCUAUUGUACAUGCCCUUAGACCUUCUCCUAUCACUGCAUCACGUCGAAAAUACAUCAUUGCACUGAUAUGGCUAUUCAGCGUCGCUCUUAUUUGUCCAGCCGCACAUUACAUAAGACUUGCCAAUAGAGAUGAUAAAACAUACUGUAUAUUGAAUUGGGAUCCCUUACCUGCGACUUCACAAAAAAUUUACUUUACCAUCGCUAUAUUCGCUAUCACAUUCUGCAUUCCCACUUUUAUACUAAUCAGCCUUUAUACAAGAUUAAUUCAGUCUACUCUUGGUAAAAGGGAUGUAUCUUUGCUGACAUCUCAAGUUCGACAACGUCAGAAAGAGGACAUUAUUGUUUUGCGCAAGGUUGGAGUAUUGGUAGUUCUCUUCUUCUUCAGUGUGACUCCAUUUAUCAGCCUAUGUAUGGUAACUCUUUGGCUGUGGAAUGGCAGUGUACCAUGCUCAAAGACUGUCUGGAAGAUUUCCUUUGCCAUCUUCUUCCUUUUAGUGUCGAACAGUGCAACUAAUCCUAUCGUCUGUAUCAUAUUAAACAAAAGGUAUCGUCGCCAUGUUCACAAAAUUAUCCCGAAUUUUUUGAAAUGGAGAAUGUCAAAGAUGAAAUUACCAUCAUUUUCGACGUCAUCUGAAAAACUGGGAAAAACUUGCAACGGAGAGGAACAAAAUAUUUGCCUUACGAAUGAUAUAACUGCUUUUAAUCUAGUAGAGAAUAGACCUCAAACCUAAACAAACUAGAAUUUUCACACUCUGCAUAGAUUAUCAGAGCUAAAAUUCUAGAUUUUGCUUAAAAACAACAAUGUCUUAUUAUCAUGAUGAACGCAAGCCAUUCAAAAAAACUGUCUAGUCUUUCAAAGAAAAGUCAAGGGAUAGGAAGCCCGACAAAAGGGGAGGCUGCGAAGGAGACUAAGAAAAGUUCUGUCCAUGAAAACCGGCUGAAAUUGGUCGAGUAUUAUUAAGCGCUGCUAACAUGUGAUAUAAGAUCUAAGGCUCCUUGCUUUAGAUGCCCUUGAGAAUGACUUAUGAUUAAAAAUUGGCCUGGGACAUAACGUGUAAUGUCAGCGAUGACAUACCAUUUACUAUAAUUUUCGCAAACUUAAAUAUGCUCAAGCUCAUGAGCACUUUGGUGAUAUACUAGUGUACAGAUAUUUAAAAAAAUGAUAUAUUCUAUCUAUGUAGUAGGUUAACAUCAAGCUUGAGGACUGAUGUAAGUGUAUUAAAUAAGUAUAUAUGCACUACACAGUUAUCUUAGAAAUCGUUGAAUACUAAAUGCGGGAUAGUGCAUUUCAAGACCAAAAUGGUUUGUUGAGCUUAAAACCCACCAUGCUUUGAGGUCUUGGAAAGCAGUGCAGGAUCAUAGUAUUCAGUUUUUACAAUUUUCUGUUGAAAUAGCUGUGUAGCUGUCAUGAGGUCCAGUGAUAGCAAUAUAUGCUGAGAAAUUACAGUAUUUAGUGACAAUUUAUUGGCUAUUUGGCUCGUACUAUCAUCUACGCUUUUAUUGCCGUUUGUACUCUUAUUUAUGAAUAAUGAAUUGUACUACCUAAAAAUUCUCUGUACUCUUAAUUAAAUUUUUGUAGUUUCAACUAGAAUUGACUGAGAAGAUGUACAUGCAAAACGGUACUAUAACUGAUAUGUACUGAAAACUGUAAAAAUUUUUAAGAAACGUAUGUGAUUAGUUGUUUGCAUGAGACUAACUAAUAUGAUAAAGUAUAUAAUCAUAAAUAAACUUACCAUAAAUUGUAUAGGGUAAUAGUAAAUGGGCGAGGUGUUUGAUAUACAACUUUCCUUAUGACGUCAAUAGUUACAAUCAGACACCCCAUACAGCUGUUGCCAUGCUCGAACAUUUUUUUUUUUUGUUUUCAUUUUGACUUUCUCUUGAAAAGUCCUACAACAACAGCAACAACAACAAAACAUACAAGAGAGAUUGGUGGGGCUGGGGUGUGUUCUACCGUUCUACCGUUACCAAUUUUUAAGCUCAAAAUUAUGGGAAUAUAAAUUAUGGCAUUAAUAGAUAAAAGAAGAUAUAAAUCUUAAUUGUAUAUAUACCCAUUCGUCUGAAUACAAAAAAAAAAUCAUUCCGAAGAUCUAAUCUAUUCAUUUUUUUUUAACCGAGUUAGCCACACCCCUUUGUAAGAUUCUAGAUUGCCAACAGCAACAUGUAAAGUCGAAAUAAAGUCCUCGAAUAAUUGUUAUGAUUGAAAAGGUUUAAACGAAUUGAGUACAUUUAUACUUUCAGUAUAUAAACUGUAAAAACCAGGAUAAAACCUGAAUAUUACUGUUAUUGACGAAAAAAAUUGCAUUGGGAUAACAUUGUUGUCUUAAUCUCUCUUCU